GAAUGAGAGGAUGUCAAACUUGUUGCCGCGCGGCGCCGCGAGCAGACCGAGCGGAGGAGCGGCUCCCGGUUCACCGACUGACCUCCCGCGGAUGGACAGAGCAGCAGCGCGCGGGCAGCUGGGAGGAGAGAAGCCCGCGUGCGCGGAGGUUCUGCCGGUUCUGGAGGUUCUACAGGGUUCUGUGGAUCGGUAUACAGCCGGCGGACCCGCGCUCUGCCCCGGUACACGGCGAGAGAGGCUCGCGCGGGCGCGCGGCUGCUGUUGCAGUUGCUGUGGAGUAACCGGGUGGUUCACCGGGUGUUGUUCCAGUUGGGUUCUUCAGAAUGGCGCGUGUUCUCGGAUCUGGAACGUUUUGCAUGUCUGGAUGAAUUUUUUAUUUGAGUUUUCAUCGUAAAGAAUAUGCAGCGAAUUUUCCAGGAUCAUCUUUUGAUUUGUAUUAUUUUUACUAUCUAUUUUUCAUCUUCAAAGGAACUGAAGGUUUUUUCCACAAUACUUGGAAAUUACAGCAGAUGCCCUCUUGCUGGGUAUCGGGAGGUACUGCCCCUAAAUUUAAUGUCCUAAGAUUUUAUAAUACAGUAUAGAUACUUUAAUAAAUACAUAAAUAACAAUGCAGAAUUGUAGUAAAUCAAAAUCAGUCAUUUAUUAACCAUUAUUAUGACUGAUUGACUGACUGAUUGGUGAUAAAUAGUGGAACGCAAAACCCUUUUUCAAAGCAUAAAACUUUUUUUUAUAUAAAUAUAAAAGCAUAAAAGCAAGUGAUUGCAUGCUAGUCAUAAUCAUAUUUAUUUUUUUAUGUAUUUAUUUGACUCUUUUAAGUCUUAUAACAGAAUGAUCUGACUUGAUCCAAGACAAAGUUUUAUUUUUUUUAGUUACUAAAAUUUUAUUUAUAGAGCCCUUUUUUAAAACCUCUUUUAAAAAAAUUAAGCAAUGUAAUACCUGAUAGUAACAAAUGAAUAAACAGAUACAAAGAUAUUUGGCUAGCCCUAUCAUUAUUUUUACAAACUCAGCAAAUCAACGAAUUAAGAGAUUUAUUUCUAAUUUUUUGGAAUUACUGGAACAUGAAUGUAAACAAGCAGCCCUUUUUUGAAACUUGAAGCAGUUUAAAGCAACUUAUUACUUGGUAACAAUAAGCAUUUAUCACAUUUAAUAGACCACUAGUUUUGCUUGUUAUUAAUUUACUCAUAACACGAUGGACUUAAAUCCUGGUUGGACAGAGCUUUUUAUUUUUUUUAUUUUUAUCAUCAAAAUUUAACAUCAUAAGGCAUAAAUAAGCCUCUUUUUUAUUUGAAACUCAAAUAAGCCACUCAUCAACAGCAUGGCCUGUUUCCUGGUUGAAAAGACACAUUUUUUGGACUUAAAGACGAUGGAAUUGUCCGUCGUCACGUUGGAUUGUUUACUCUGACUGUGACUAUUUUUUCUUGAUUGUGGGAUUAGCGAACCCUUCUUGCACAACCAGCCUUGUGCGGAGCAACAAUGAACGCUAACUAUAACCCCUCUGGAUUUCACAUGAAAGCGCCGUCGCUAGCUGUGGAGCCAGCCCUGGGCCCCUUAAGCGACCCCCCCAUGCAGAGUCUCAACUUCAUGCCGGGGAGGGAGCAGUAUGGAUUCCAGCCUCACAGCCACGGGGAUAUGCUCCCCGCAGGACUCCAGCAGCAGCAGCAACAUCAGCUCCAUAUGCCGCCGCCGCCUCCUUUCAACAGCCAACAGCUUAAUCCCGAGCAGCCUUCACACCCCUACCAGGAUUCAGGGCCAGGGGUCACCUCCUGCUUGCACGGGGAGCGUCACGUUGGCUUCAGUGGCAACAACAGCAACAGCGCUGGUCACCAACACCCUCAUCAUCAUCAGCAGCAGCAGCACCACAUGUUCGAGACGGAAUUCAGUCAGAUUACCGAAGCCCAGACACGAGAAUGCCUUUCCCAUCAACAACAACAACAACAAGCACAGCAGCACCACCACCAUCACCAUCAACGGCUGGCCAGCAUGCCCGAGUAUAUGCACGGGCAUCUCCACGGACACCCAAGCAGUAACCAUGCUGUGCCUGCUCCCUGUUUGCCUCUGGACCAGUCGCCCAACCGGGCAGCGUCCUUCCACGGCCUCCCGUCCUCCUCCCCAGAAAGCAACAGACUUGAACAUUAUAGGCAACUAUUCCCACAGGGAAGGGUCGGUGGGUCGCAGUACACUUUCCCAUGUGAUCCUGUUCCUGGCCAUUUUGAUAUGCCAGGGUUCUCCACCCCUGACUCCAGCGAUCCCAAAUUCUCCUACUGUGAGACAGGGGGGCAGAUGACUAACAACAAUUUCCCCACCUUCAAUCAUGGCGGCGGCGUCUCCCGAGCGAUGAUCGGCAGCUCUAAAGUCGAUCAGCAACUACCUCAGCAGAACUUGUAUUCGGAAAGAUUCGGGAACAGGGCAAAAUUAGUACCAGCAGAGAACCUCUCUGCUAGACACCAUCUCCUAACCCAGCAGAGAGGAAGCUUGUCUAGACAGAACCCCGGCUCCCCCGUCCUUCCUCGACUGUACCACACCCCAGACUUUGUUCCAAACAGUCCAGACAUGCAGAAUGGCGGUGCCGUGGUCCACACUGCUCAACACGGUCAGAUAGAUAAUCCCAUCCACAGGUUAAAUAAUCACAACAUGCAUCCGCAUCCUUUUGGGGAACCUGUGUUCAGCGUUCCCCAGCUUGGACCUCAAGCACCCCACCAGCAGCACCUCAGCUCCUUCCCUUAUUUAAAUAUGGCCAAGAGGCCACGGUUUGAUCUCCCAAAUGGCUCUGCUGGGGAGAUCUGCAGCCCCCUGAGAGGUGGCUUACAUAAUCGACCAGGCCUUGAGAACCACCUCUCCCCCUCUGGCUUCCCCGCUCCCCUGGGGGACUUCACAGCUCAGAUGAUGGAUGGGUUUCCAUCAGGACCCCUGCCGCUGAGCUGCGGCCCGCACCAACAGCAGCCGCUGCCUCGCCGCCAAAAUGCAGCCAUGAUGAUCAAACAAAUGGCUUCUAGGAAUCAGCAGCAGAGGAUCAUGAGGCAAGCUGACCUGCAGCAGCUGCAGCCAUUAGGUCAUCAUGGGACUGUUACGCCCAGUGGCCCGAUGGUUCACAGAGGGGCGUUGGGUAGUAUGUCGCAAAUGACAAACUUGACUGACAAAAAUCAUUUUCAUAACAACUUUGAGCAGCAGAGUCCUCACCUACCUCACGAAAACUCUUGCUCUUGGUUUCCUGACUCACAUCAGCAGUGCAGAGACACUAACCUUCACGCAAUGGAGCAAACACAAAACGGACACAAUCUCAUGUUUAGACCGGGGGUCACCGCAAGUGACAUGCAGCCUUUAAAUUCACCCAGGCAGCACAGUCAGUUUGAGAACAGCAACCCUCUUAACAGCCCUCUGCAGGUACAGCCACCAGGUCACGGAACGAUGCCGCCAAAUGCGUCAGCGAAUUUAAAAAAUGAAUUUGGAGGCCCUACUGUAAGACAGCAGCACAGCUUCCCUCCUGGGAGGCCGAAUCAGCAAGGAACCCCCCAAAGCAAUCCUCCCGCCUUUAACCCCUCACCAGGAAACUAUCAGUCCCAUCCCGAGUACAUCUCCAACCAGCAGCUGUCAGUCAAUAAGCUUGGGGCCCUCUCUAUGGGGAAUUUGAACAAAGCCAGCGCUAAAGACGGCAUGUUUGGCCAAAGCUGUCUGGCAGCUCUCUCCACUGCCUGCCAGAAUAUGAUUGCCAGUUUAGGGGCCCCAAACCUCAAUGUGACUUUUAAUAAGAAGAGCCAAAAUGAGGCCAAACGCAAAUCAGGUCAGGUGGAGCAGGACGCAAAUAGCAACGGAGGUGGCGGGGCUUGCGGCCCGGGGGCAGAGUAUUUCCAGAGCAAUGCUUCUCAGAAUAGUCAGACACCUUGCUCUGGGAAUAACAACAAUGUCACAGCAGGUCAGAGUGCUCCGGGACAGAUGGCAAAAAGGGAAACUCUUUCCCCAAACAAUAACAGCAGCAACAACAACAACAUCAGCAUUGGGGAUUCUGGGAACGAGGGGAAGUGCAAUGGCCGAAUGAGGGGGAAGAGGCGACGUGACAGUGGGCACAUAAGUCCAGGAAAUUUCUCCCCCUCUUGCGGCAAUAGCAACCCUGUGGUUAGUCCAGGUCAGCAGGCGUCUUCUUUAGGGAUGGGAAUUGAGAGUCGAGGCAGGACACCUGAAGGUUGUCUUGUCUCUCCAUCCUUUGUAAAGGCUGAUCUCGCCACUUCUAUGGAUAGCGGCAUCCAAAGCGUGGGAAAGUCUGAUGGAGUUUCGCCCUGCAUGGAUUAUCUCGACGAUGCCAGUCCUAACUACAGCAACGAGGACACUAGAACAAACAGAACUGGCAUGAAAUGUAAUUCAGACAACAUUCGCACCGGCUAUCCCGACACACCCUGCAUGGAACAGGUAAGGACGCCACUCGGAAGCUCCGGCCAAGACGAGGUGCAUCCUCUGGAGAUCCUCCAGGCUCAGAUCCAGCUGCAGAGGCAGCAGUUCAGCCUCUCUGAGGACCAGCCUCUCGGAGGGAAGGCUGGCAACAAGCCGGACUGCCAAUCUGGACUCAACGGUGACUGCGCUCUGGCAGGCUGCAGCCCGGAGUCAGGAAAGGGUUCUGUGAAUACCAUUGACCUUGACUCGCUCAUGUCAGAGCAACAUGCCACCUGGUACGGCCCCGGCAGCAAGGCGGCCCUGAUGGACGACCCCGGCAACGGCAAGUGCGUGGGAUUCUGGGACCGAGCGAGAGGCCAGAGUGACAACAAAGAAGGACUUGGGUAGAACCACUGUCUCGCUGUCCCUUAUUGGCUCCUUGCCGAAUUGCUGAAGAGGUGCUGCUCCAGCUCAGCAUGGGGGUAGAGGAGGACCUGAAGGAGACCACCCGCCGUGUCUACCUCCUCACCUCACCACUGCCCGGGGGGACGGGGGGGGGAUGGAGGAGCCCCCCUGAGCUCCACUCCUGUCCCGGGGAAGCUCACACUCAGAGACGAGCUCAAGCCCAGCUCAGAGCUUUCGGACGGGGGGCAGGACACCCCCCUGCACCCCCCCACUGUGCCCCCCUGCGCCCACCUGAAGGGUGAUGGGAAGAGCCGGGACAUUUUUCAGCUGGUAAUCGGAUACCGCCCUCAUCAGGAGCAGAGAGCCCAGCGUCUGAGUCAACCUCACAACCACCUCCCAACCUGAACUGAGAGCUCCACCAGAGGAGAGGCUGGAGAACUGGGAGAACUGGGAAACACUCAGACAUAAGCAAUGCAGAUUGGAAUUUUGGACGACACGGCUUAAUUACUUCAAAUAUAUAUAUAUUUUAUUUCCUGGAUUUGUUUUACCUCAUUAGAAUAUGUCAGAUUUUAUUUUUGCGGCAUUUGUUUGUUUUAGAUCGUUUUAAGUGUUUUAAAGUAUUUCGCCUCAAUGCAAUAAAGUUUAUUUUUUAUGAUUUAAUUAAAGUAAGGCCAGAUCCAAAAUAUUGUAUUUUAUCCAUUAAAUCCGCUUAAUUCUUUUAAUUCGCCAUAGGAAAAGAGCAAGAAUGGUGUCCCGUGACUUUGGGCAUGACCCAUAUGAAGCUAAAGUUGACCAGUGUUCAAUCAGCCUCGCUCACCUGAUAAAUCCUCAAAACUUAUACAGGUGAGGGCGUUCCCAAACUGUCCACUGUGAAACUGUGACACUUCGUCAUCAGUUUACAGGCUGCUGUCCCAUUAGUUUUGGCAUGUCAGGGUACAGUGCGGUGCAAAAGCUGUUUAUUAAGGCAAUGAGUGUUUAUUGGUUAUUAAUAUAUAUGUAUAUGUAUAUAUAGAUUUAGAAAACGUUUUAAAAUUAAGACAGAAGCUUGUUAAGAUUAGAUUACUCAAUAAAAUGCAGUCAUUUCUGUUAAAUCUGUUAUAAGCUUGGCUGCCAUCUUGGUUUUGUCUUUAUAUAUAGAGUAUUUAUAAGUCACAACUCCCUAUUUUUGCUUUUUUGCUAUGAUAAACUGGUUUUAAAUUGUUUUAAGCCAUUUUUGAGACUUCUUCAGACCAAAUCAAUCAAGUUUAUCCAUAAAUAAGCCCAAUAAAUAAAGUCUUGACCCUUGUAUCCAGUACUCAGACCCCGUCUUGUCCCAUAAAGAGGUGUUUUAGCAUUAAGUCAGAAGCGUUUGUCCGUUUUCUCUGUUUUCUCUCAGUAUUGUGUCGGAUCCUCCCAGUCGUCCCCUCGGUUCUCAGCGCUCGGUUCUCUCUGCUGUGGUGGGUCAACCUUUUGACUCUGAAAGGCCAGUGGGGGUUCUGAGCUUCUCCACGCUGCUUUUGGAAAUCCGAUCUGUAGGCUGAGCUCAUCCCUUUGUGGGCCGGCUGGCCAGCGCCGGAAUGCCAUUGUUUCAGGCCGAUACUCUUCUCUGGAUUUGGGUUUUUCCCUUCACUCGGCUUCUCCCGCUCUCACACCGAGCCGCUCUGCUCUAAACACGCCGCUCCUGAAUAUGUUUGGCCAGAACUGGCAACCCAUUCAGUCGGGGACAAUAGCCACGGACAAAAGGACUUCUCCCUGUUAAGAGAGCGGGCUUCCCUCUGACCAUUAAAACCUUAAAACGCUCUUUAACCAGUUUACUGGUGUUUGACACUUUCCACGCUCUACCUCUCUUCGCCGGCUCGUGAUUUUAUGAUGUGCUUUUGUGGGAUUUGCUUGUGAAUUUUCACCGUGUGAAUCCGUUUGAACGGACUUGUUGAAUUUGUAAAUUUAGACAUGUAAAAAAAAGAAGCUUUUUUUAAUGGAAAGCCGAUGGAGAGCUUUCCCUGCAAUAUUUACACCGCUGAAGACUUUCUUCUAGGAUUUCUAGAAUUGCUGGUACUGUAAAUAAACUGUAUAGAGACUGUACAUUACGGAUUAUCAAUUCAUGAGAGAUAUGUUGUAAAUCCUUGUUUUUUUCUGCACAUGAUCAAUAUCAAUAUAAAUGAAUGAAUUGUGUAUUAA